AUGGGAGAUGUCGCUGCCCAGGGGCAGGUCGCUGCGGGCAGUCGUCAGGAUGACAGGCGCUUCCACCACGAGGCCAUGCACAGAGCCCCUGCGCCAGAGGAGGAAAAUGUGGCUCCUCCAGAUAGUCUGCGCCAGGCUGCCCUUGUUGAAACUUCAACAGGCGAAUUUCAGGCAUCCAUGAGCGGAGUUGAAGGGUCGCUGCGCUUACCUCUGCGUUUCAGAGCGUUGGCCUGGGGCUUUUGCACCUUGUUGGGCGCCUGCUUCCUUCGCAGCUGGCCGGUCACGGCGGCACUGUUGCCAUGCCUAAGACCCUCGCGGUUAGAACGCGCCACGAAGUUUGCCUACAGGCUAAACGCGGCGCUGGCCUUUGCAGCAGGUGCCCUGUAUCUGCAACCCAUCGCCGACUUCAGCAGCAUUCCAGAGGCAGUGAACGCCGACCGCCCCGACGCCGAGCUAUGGGCCGAGCUGGAGAUCACCCAGCCGCUGGCUAUUGCUCUGGGCUGCGCAUCUGUCUUGGUGGGUCGCUUCUUGGCCGCCCUCUUGCCCGUGUUCCCGGCCGUCAAGGCCAAGGAAUUGGACAACUUUGGCGCCAGAAGUAACUGGUGGAAGAGGGCCUGGAUAAAGCAGCGCACCACGGAAGGCUUCGCGUUGUUCCUGGGCAUCGGUGCCGCCUUUCUGGCGGUGCUGCUGGGUGCUGUCCAACCACAGCCACGUGGAGCAGUGGCUAUGGCCAGCUUUUGCUGGGCGGCCUUGAUGGAGCUGAUGAUCCUGCCCAUCCUGUCCAGCUUGAUGCAGGCACUCUCCAUCUACUGCGUGGCGCGGGAUUGCUGCUGCGGCCCCUCCACGGCCUUCCUGGCGCGGCUGCCGGGUCUCUUGCGCUUCCCGCCCAAGGGCUCGUGGACGUCAAGGGACGUGCUCUUCAAACACCUGGAGGCUUUGAACUCUGAGACAUCUCCACGUCAUCAGACCAAACGAUGAGGCUGCAGAUUGACACGCGAGAUGGGAGGAUCAGCAAUGGUUUGCCAUGUCAAGAGGAGAUCCAGCGGUGGAUGGA